AUGACAUCGAUGUUGGCCUCGAUGCUUCCACCUCUAAUUUAUCUUGUGCGCGAAUUUUCCUGGUCUCGGUAAAUUGAUUGUAAAUUGCCAAAAAGGCGGAACCUCCCCAAAAAAAAGGGCAUCCCGAGUCCCCAACUGCCCAAGUAAACAAUCAAGGUUCCAAGAACCCGCAGAAGCGAUAUCAAGGGGUUUCUUAAGACCCUAGCAAAGCACCACAGAAUGCAGUCUCACAGCAAAAAACGCGUCUGCUACUACUAUGACAGUGAUAUUGGCAAUUACUACUAUGGGCAGGGCCAUCCCAUGAAGCCACACCGCAUACGCAUGACCCACAACCUGCUGCUCAACUAUGGGCUCUACCGGAAAAUGGAGAUUUACCGACCCCAUAAAGCAACCGCCGAUGAGAUGACCAAGUUCCAUUCGGACGAAUACGUCCGGUUCUUGCGCUCCAUUCGUCCGGACAACAUUUCGGAGUACAACAAGCAGAUGCAGCGCUUCAACGUGGGCGAGGAUUGUCCCGUCUUCGAUGGACUCUACGAGUUCUGUCAGCUCUCUGCCGGUGGAUCCGUGGCAGCCGCUGUAAAGUUGAACAAACAGGCCUCCGAGAUAUGCAUCAAUUGGGGCGGCGGACUGCAUCAUGCUAAGAAAUCUGAGGCCUCCGGCUUUUGCUAUGUGAACGAUAUCGUUUUGGGCAUUUUAGAGUUACUCAAAUACCACCAGCGUGUUCUCUACAUCGACAUCGAUGUCCAUCAUGGCGAUGGCGUUGAGGAGGCAUUCUACACAACCGAUCGUGUGAUGACCGUGAGUUUCCACAAGUACGGCGAGUAUUUCCCGGGCACCGGCGACCUCCGGGACAUUGGCGCCGGAAAGGGAAAGUAUUAUGCAGUGAAUAUACCGCUGCGCGACGGCAUGGACGAUGAUGCGUAUGAGAGCAUAUUCGUGCCCAUUAUCAGCAAGGUGAUGGAGACAUUCCAACCGGCGGCUGUGGUGUUGCAGUGCGGCGCAGAUUCCCUCACCGGCGAUCGGUUGGGCUGCUUCAAUCUCACCGUCAAGGGCCAUGGCAAGUGCGUGGAGUUUGUGAAGAAGUAUAACCUGCCAUUCCUUAUGGUCGGCGGUGGUGGCUAUACCAUCCGCAAUGUCUCCCGCUGCUGGACGUACGAAACAUCGGUGGCCUUGGCCGUGGAAAUCGCCAACGAACUGCCGUAUAACGAUUAUUUCGAGUACUUUGGGCCCGACUUUAAGCUGCACAUCAGUCCCAGUAACAUGACGAAUCAGAAUACGUCCGAGUACCUGGAGAAGAUCAAGAACCGUCUGUUUGAAAACCUGCGAAUGCUGCCACACGCUCCUGGCGUUCAAAUCCAAGCGAUCCCCGAGGACGCUAUUAACGACGAGUCCGAAGAUGAGGACAAGGUCGACAAGGACGAACGACUGCCGCAGAGCGACAAGGACAAGCGCAUUGUACCGGAGAACGAAUACUCGGACUCCGAGGAUGAGGGCGAGGGCGGACGCCGAGACAACAGGACGUAUAAGGGACAGAGGAAGAGGCCGCGCCUGGAUAAGGAUACUAACAGCAACAAGGCUUCCUCGGAAACGUCCAGCGAAAUAAAGGACGAGAAGGAGAAGGGAGAUGGAGCCGAUGGUGAGGAAUCCACUGCCUCUACUACAAACAACAACAGCAACAAUAACAGCAACAACAAGAGCGACAACGAUGCCGGAGCGACAACUAAUGCGGCAGCCGGCACCGGAUCAAAUUCCGGAUCCGGAACCAAGGGCGCCAAGGAGAACAACAUAUGACGUGGCGGCCGCAAUUGGUUAUAGAAGCCAAUUAAGCGACCGCCGAAGUACAAGCCGCCGGAUUUUACCUAGCGACUCUUGAACUCUCCCCCACCUCCAAAUACGUCUCCCGAGCAUGCCCCCUGAGUCAUGGCUCCUCAAUCCAUCCCAUCAUCAUCUCAGUCAGCAUGUGUCCCCAGCCCCGCCUUCCAUGCCUCCCCACGCAAUCGAUCGAAAGCCGUAUUCCAUCGAUUUUCCUGGGGGAAAAUCAGUAAUCAGUGGGCGGGACUUGAACUCUUCGUAAGCUAAAAUACAAUUUAUUGUAAUUGUGUAAGUUAAGCAAAAAGUAAAGAAAACAAGAAGCGAUCCCAUGUGGUGAUUCACGCAGAAACUACUCUAAUCCAAUAAAUAUUUAUACAAUA